AUUCCCCUGCAUCUCCCGUGUUUCUUCACCACCAUCCCCCUUCAUCUCUCUUCCUUCUUCUUCUUCCCAUCUCCACCAUCACCAAUAUCACUCAACAGUGGUUCAACAACAUCGUCAUCCUCAAGCUAACUUAACCGACUAUCAAAAGAUCCCAGACACCCCCGGACACGGUUAAAAUUAGCAAGAUUUACUGUCACAGUAACUAGCUCCAGGCCGUUGUUGUCUCGUCGGGAACUUGUCUCGCACCACCGCCUUUGCCUUGUCUUUUGCUCAGGCUCAGGCUCAGGUACCCAGUCGCUCUGGCUUGGGGUCGGCCCCAUUCGCUCGACGUGUCUCUUCCAGGGCUUGCACAGCCUCGCUCGCUCGCCGCACCACUUGCUUUUCGCUCCCAGGCUCUGACCAUCGCAUAUUGAGGGGGGGGUUUUCGCUGUUACGCAUUAGACGCCUGUGGGCACGCCCCGUUUCUCGCCGUCUUGGGUUGGUAGCUGGCCUGGCCUUCGACGGGAAUUCUGGACCCAAGGAACAUUGUGGACCAGCCACAGAGUGUCCCCCUCCAAGCGUCCGUUCCAGUGGCGGUGCAUGACCUUACUCGCUGCUCCAGCUGCUACCUUAAUUUUACCGCCCUGCUGCCGUUUCGCUUGCAUUGCUGAGUUGUGCUGCCCGCCGCCCGCACUGCACCCGCAGCCUAAUAACUCACCUCCACCAUCAUCAUCUCGUCCUCGUCCUCGUCCACGUCCACGGCGCACUCAACUCGACAAGAUCGAGCGCUGCUCUCUCCGUCCUUCAUCAUCACACAGCGCUUGCGAUCCUACUACCGACGUCGCAUUUCUCACCUUGAAACAACCCGCUCCACUGCGCGCCUCGCUACCCCCUCCACGCGUCCGGCUGCC